AUGAAUACGAUAACAAAUAUUAUCUUAAAUAUUACUAAAAAACCUAAACAUUACUCCCAUAUAGAUGAUUCUUUUAUUGCCUUUGAUACUUCAUCUUCAAAAGUAUAUUCUACAAGAGAGAAGAUAAAUAGAUUNGUUUUUCUUAUAAAAUUUUUUUUAUUUAUUUUUUUAAUUUGGAUAUUACAAUGUUCCAAUAAUUUUACUUGUAAAUCCAUGGAUAUAAAAUACAUCUUAAAAGAUAAGUUUGAUUUAAGAAUUGCAAGAUCUUUAGCUGAAGGUAGAGAGAUAAUUAAAUCAAUAGAUGUAGAAUCAAAAAUAAAUCUAUCAGAUGUAAUGAAAGAAAGAUAUUUGGAACAAGAUAUAAUAAAAACAAACUCAUCAAUAGAAAUAGAAAAAAUAUGUUCAGAAACAGGUACAGAAAGUAUAAAAAAAUCAAAUAAAUCUAGUGUGGGAAAUUUAAAAAAGUGUAAACAUAUUUUUAGUAAUUUUCUUUCAUUUUUUAUCGUAAUUUUACCAAUAGUUUCUUACACAAUAUCUAACUUUCUAUUUGAUGAUCUAUUAUAUAGUCAUAAGUUACUUGAUAGUUGCAUGUUAUUAAUUGGUUUUUCUAUUUUUUUUAAUUCUCUUCGCAUAGUAGAUCUAUUGAAAAGUAAGAAUAACUUAAAAAUAUAA